UAUGCCUCGGUGUCACCGAGGUCAUCGGUGGAGAGCACACACGGCCGGUGCUAUUACGCCGGCUGCCGGCCUUUAGCCAGUCAACGACGAAUCGGUACGGAGAAAAGACGAUGCUUCGUUUUGCCGUGCGGAGAUCGGCGGAAACGUUGUUGGACAAAUGUGUGGACAAAACGGUGCAACGGCGCGAGUUGUCCGGCCCUAUACCCACGAUGAUUUUCAACACGAGGCGUGCGGGACACGAGCCGCGUUUAAGAUGUUUGAUCGAUUCCGAAACGCGGUCAAACGAUACUGAAGGCCGCCGCCGUCGUCGCGCGUUGUCAACGGCGUCGACAACAACGGCGCCGACGCCAAGGAAAACGUGCCUCUACGACCUUCACGUGGAAAAUCGAGGUAAAAUAAUCAACUUUUCCGGCUGGUUGUUGCCUGUCCAGUAUCAAGAGGCGAUAGCCACAUCGCAUCUGCACACGAGAACGUUCGCAUCCUUGUUCGAUGUCGGUCAUAUGUUGCAAACAAGGGUGUGUGGGAAGGACGCCACCCAAUUUUUGGAAUCUCUCACCACAGGCGAUUUGAAGAAUUUGGGCAACGGGUGUGCCGUUCUCACCGUGUUCACAGACGAGAACGGUGGUAUUCUAGACGACUUGAUCGUUACGAAAGACGACGAGGAUAAAUAUUUUCUCGUGUCGAACGCCGGGCGAAGGAAGGAGGAUUCCCGAUUGCUUCUUCAACAACAGGAAAUAUUUCUCACCCAAGGAAGAUCGGUGCACUUGGAGUUUUUAGACCCGUUAAAGCAGAGCCUUGUAGCGUUGCAGGGGCCCACCGCCGCUUCGGUUCUUCAAUCGAUCGUUGACGUCGAUUUGAAGAAUCUAAGAUUCAUGAACAGCGUGGAGACCGAGGUGUUGGGAAGUCGAAUAAGAAUAACACGUUGCGGGUACACGGGGGAAGACGGAUUCGAGAUCUCGAUACCGGUUCAAAUAGCGCACACCUUGGUGAAAACGAUUUUAAACACACCUGACACGAAACUGGCCGGUCUGGGAGCCAGAGAUAGUUUGAGGCUGGAAGCUGGUCUUUGCCUCUACGGGCAAGACAUCAACGAGAAAACGACACCGAUCGAAGCUGGACUUACUUGGUUGAUAGCUAAACGAAGAAAAGCGGAAGCAAAUUUUCCAGGUGCGCCGAGGAUACUUCUACAGAUCGAGUCAGGAACUAAGAAGAAACGUGUAGGAAUAACGGUUGUGAACGGGCCACCGGUUAGAGCGGGAGCGUGUAUAUUAACGCCGGAAGGAGAACGCGUUGGCAACAUCACUUCCGGUGGUCCGAGUCCAACUCUUGGAAGUUACAUCGCUAUGGGAUACGUACCGCCAGAACUGGCCGAAUACGGCAAAGGAGUUUUGGUCGAGGUUCGUGGAAAAACUUAUAAAGCGAAAGUCACAAAAAUGCCCUUUGUCAAGACGAAUUAUUACACUGGAAAGUAACCGAUACGAUACGAUCCUCUGAAUUUCAUGUAUAAAAUUCAAUCGAACGUGGAUGCGAUUCUUCUCUUAAAUUCUUUUUUCGAUCCCAUUCCAAAUAGUUUAUCGAUGAACUUUUCUUAUUCGGAAUGAAAGAGAAAAAGAUUUAAGGAAAUAUAUUCGUAAAAAUUCUGUAAUGAAAUUGUAAUUUAAAAAAAAAAAGAACAUUACAGAAUAACGAAUACGAUUAUUCGCGUAAAUGAAAUUAUAAUUAUCGAAAUAAAAGAAAAUUCAAGCUCAUUACA